UCCAGUGUAUGUAGUGAGUUGGUACAGUCGCAUACUAAAAAUAACCUUUUUUAGUCGAUUGGUUUUGAAAGAGUGGACAGAUGAAAGCAUAAUAUGUUCAGUUGACGGACCACCUUAAUCUGGGAUGAAUAUUGUGAUCAUGCAAGGACAAACACUAUUAGCUGCAACAUGUAUCGUUGUCGCAUGCUGGGUACAUUCAGCUGCAUGUGCUAAUCCCUUUGCUGACUUCGUCGAGGUUAUAAAACUAACAGCUGAAGUCGCCGAAGGAUACUAUGACUCAGUAAGAAGCAACUUUGCUGAAACUUGCGAUGAUCGAUGGCUACACAACAAUUUCACAGGACUGUCAAAGCAACUUAAGGAGAAGCUGUAUGGCCAACAUCUUGCACUGAAAGCUGUGACCAAUCACAUUCGAGGACACCUCAAGUCUGCGGAACCAGCCAAGGCUCUGGCUCUUUCCUUCCAUGGCUGGACUGGCACUGGGAAGAACUACGUGAGCCGCAUUGUAGCAGAGCACCUUUAUAAAGAAGGGAUGCGCAGCAAGUUUGUUCAUCUCAUCCUUGCAACCAAAGAGUUUCGACAUGAAAGAAUGGUGCCAUUCUAUAAGGACCAGCUGCAUGCUUGGAUUGAGGGCAACAUCACCCGCUGUUCUCGCUCACUGUUUAUAUUUGACGAGAUGGACAAGAUGCCGUCAGGUCUCAUUGACACCAUCGCGCCCUAUCUCGACUCCCACUAUACGGUUGGAGGGGUCAACUACCGCAAAGCCAUCUACAUUUUUCUCAGUAACAAAGGCGGGCAUAACAUCAAAGAGUAUGUGUAUCAACAAUGGUCUCACGGCUACCCUCGGGAGGAUAUCAAACUGUCUGACGUCGAAAACUUCAUAGCCCAUGAUGCACUCCACACAAAAUCUGGACUUUGGCACAGUGAGUUGAUCACCAAGCACAUGAUAACAGCAUACAUCCCCUUCCUACCACUGGAGAAAUCCCAUGUGAGGAGAUGCAUCAAGGACAGCAUGGUUGCUAAGGGUUACGCAGUGACUGAUGACAGAGUUGAAAGUGUUAUGGAAGAACUCACAUUCUGGCCUGAAAGUGAACAGGUUUUCUCUGUAGGUGGCUGCAAAAGGGUAGCCGAAAAAGUGGAUUAUGUUAUGGAAGACGACUGAUGAUUGUCGAAAGGGAAUUCAAUGUCAACUAGAUGUGUGUCAGGACAACAUUCAAAGGGCCAUGUUUCAUCAAAGGUGUCCAGGUCCCUUUGGUUAUCUAUACAGCAAUAGAAAUUCGUAGCUAAUAAGGCCUCCUAUGAUAUAUAGGUUAUGACGAUUGAUAUACUAGUUUACAGGUACCUUUUGAUACAACAUUUUCACAUGAUCGUGGUACUGUCGUAAUCGUACAAGGGACCAUGUUCUUGGGGCUAUGGAAAAGGUUUUGUCACUUUUAUUUGCCCAUCUCAAGCUGAUCUCAAGCUUAUCCGAUAACAAUGACUGAGACAAAUAUUCAGCAAUGUUACCAGAACCUGAAAAUGAGGUCCUAGACAUACGGUAACCAAAAGAGUUGUGUUUGUUUAUAGAUGUGUGACGUCCCUUGUAAUGCUCGGUCAUAGCUGUACAUAAAAUAUCCCUUCCAUAACCCAUGUAGCCUAUGAAGGCUUGAAUGAUCUAUGCGUUAUGAAAAUUGAUAUUUUAGUUAAUCUGUCAAUCUGUUAAUCUUAUUUUAUCUCAUGACAAAUAUUUGCGAGAGCACCAUACCCUGGGGAUGAUGUCACUAGAUCCUGAAGGGGGCACCAGACGCUGGAGAUGAUGUCACUAGAUCCUGAAGAGGGCACCAGACCCUGGAGAUGAUGUCGCUAAAUCCUGAAGAGGGCACCAGACCCUGGAGAUGAUGUCACUAGAUCCUGAAGAGGGCACCACACCCUGGAGAUGAUGUCACUAGAUCCUGAAGAGGGCACCAGACCCUGGAGAU